GGGGGAAACGUUUUUCAGUCUUCCAUCCGGUUUUGCUGGAUUGAGUUCUGUGUUGACGAAUCCUCGCCCUUUUUGGGAUUUUUUUUCGCCCCUGAUUUGUGUGACGUCAUUACAUGGAAUACAUUAUAAACUCGGGCUGGGAAUAACCAAGGAAGAACCGUAACCUCAGGCUGAUUUGUUGCGGGAGGUGAUGUGUGCUCGAGUCCGAUUUCCGUCUCGACUUUCUAUAUUAUAUGCUACUGCAUGCCCGGCUGUGUAUAUUAGAGUCCAACGCACACCAGCAUUUUUGGCACCGGGUGAAUAGGAUGCGACAGAAAACCGACCUUGGUUAAAACAGGAUUCACUUCACUGUUGUAUUCUAAACUUUUAUAAUUCGUAGUGACGACAGGGAGUCUAUAUACUCUUAUUGUUACUUCUUCCCAACAAAAACGAAAACUGGUGUGUCGGCAUUCUUACGCAAAUUCUGAAAAAUAACCUUGAAUACAACUCCGCGGCUAUAAUUCAGUCACGGAGAGGAUUCAUCAGUUGCUAAGGUUCGACUAUUCGUAAAGAGAUAUCCGCAUAAACACCCACUGUGGUGUAGAAAGUUGUUAUUUAUUUUACUUAUUUACUCAAUUGUCGCCAGAUCAAAGAAAGAAAUAUCUAUAGUUCGGGCCCAGAUGUUUAUUCAAAAUUCAACCCAAACGUGUUCACAUCUGGGUACCACACAACUCGUUUGCUUAUCCCUAUAGCUGUUUUUUUUUGUUUAGUUAUUAUUAUAGCUUAUACUUGACUACACGAGCAUUUUAGAUUGGAUGUUUGAAGUAGCUACGUGGCAGUCAAAUCGGCUAGUUCACUUCAACCCGCUCGAAGUGCGUAUACUAGUGCUGCCAAGUACAAAUAAGAAAGUAACAAAGGCCUGUAAACCAAUAAUUCGACAGGGUCAUACCGCGGAUACACACCACAGCACCCAGCAAGGGAAUAACGCAAAAUGGAUUCGGUAGACCAAGCCAAAGUGAUUUCCAUGGUCGUCUUGUUUCUCGGGACACUCGUUCUGGGUCUAUUUCCCAUCUGGAUCGUCCGCCGGAUGAAAGACAAAUCGGGCAAUAAAGAAAUGUCUCGAGGAAUCAAAAAUGUCUUGUCCGGAAUGCUCUGCUUCGGUGCAGGUGUCCUGAUGGCCACAGCGCUGACCCAUUUAUUGCCGGAACUUCACGAAGGCAUCACAGAAUUGCAGACAAACGGGACCAUCAAGUCAACACUUCCGUUGGCUGAAAUCUUCUUCAGCGCCGGAUUCUUUCUCGUCUAUCUUUUGGAAGAGUUGGUUCACGUCAUCAUUCACCGGAGAUCUCAUCGCCACGAAAAACCGGAAGUUACAAUCCAUCAAACUGUCGGCAUUUCCGUUGUCCAGCCCAACGAAUUAGAAGACGGCGAGUCGUGCAAUCAGAAAACUAUUUGCCAAUCCAACUGCGAAAAUGGAGAUUCCGAUUCUUCCGGACCCAGCACCAUCUCCGGAAGUGAUCAAGCCAUCGUAGACAACGUGUCUAUCACCAAAAAUCGCACUGCCAGUGUGGUAGUACAUCAUCACGAUCACCACCAUCACGUGAUGGAAGAUGGAAACAGAUCGCUACCUUCCAUUCAAGGCCUUAUCAUCAUUAUGGGUCUCUCAUUACACGAAAUCCUGGAAGGUGUGGCUAUCGGACUGGAAGAGUCCGAAGGGGAUGUCUGGAGUCUUUUCGCCGCUGUUGCAACGCACAAAUUCGUCAUAACGUUUUGCGUGGGAAUGGAUAUGGCUUCGAACGGUGUCAAAACCAGUCUUCAAAUUUCUUACAUGAUUGUUUUAUCGCUUGUCUCUUCAGUCGGAAUCGGAAUUGGAAUGGGACUUUCUAAUGGGACGACGGAUGCGCUCGUUUUGACUUCUCUCGUUCUCCAAGGACUUGCUGGAGGCACGCUGAUCUACGUAGCCUUUUUUGAGGUGCUGGAACGUGAGCGCACCAAACCGUCUAAUAAGCUGAUGCAGUGGGCCACUGUCCUUUUGGGAUAUCUCUUCAUGAUCGGACUGGAAGCUCUGAUUCCUGAGCAUGAACAUGGAGAUGAUCAUGACCAUGGCAAUGACGCCUCCACACUCAGUGUUGCGUCCCUGACGUCGACGAUAGGAUCGCAAUUUGUUGCUGAUUUCCAUGCUCAUCAACACGAUGGACAUGGCAAUGAAGAGUCAGUCUUGAAUUCAUCUCUCGCUUUAAUCGCUUCAAAAGUUCUACACUAGGGUUGAACCCUCUUUUCUGAAAGAACUCGUGAACAUACUAUUUUUUUUUUUAAACAAUUUGAUUAGCUCAAAUACUUUCAUUGAAUGGGCGUUUAUUAUGUCAUUGAAAUUAAUUCACUGGUGGAAUAAUGUUUUAGGAGCUCUACUCAAGAUUCGAUGAUUUUAUCGGAUUUUAUUUACGUUUGUGUGGUGAAUUUGAUUAUGGAAAAUGUUGUUUCAAGAAUAAAUUAACAGUUA